UCCUCCCAGACACACUGAGGCCACACCGACAGCAGCCCGCAGCUUCAGCGGUGUGUUUACAAGGAGUUUACAGGUGCGCCGCCGCUGUCCGCUGGUUCACGAUGGCCCAGAACCAAGUGAUCCUGCAGUUCCGCUUUGCCACGUUUGGGGAUUCGAUGUUGCAGAAGAUGAACCUCCUACGACACCAGAGACGCUUCUGUGACGUCACCGUGCGCAUCAACCAGCUAGAGGUUCCCGGUCACAAGGUGGUGUUUGCUGCCGGUUCCUCUUUCUUGAGGGACCAGUUCAUCCUUCAGCAGGACUCCAGGGAGGUCCAGAUCUCUAUGAUCCAGGAGCCAGAAGUGGGCCGGCAGCUGUUGCUGUCCUGCUACACAGGCCAGCUGGAGUUUCCUGAGCUAGAGCUGGUGCAUUACCUGACAGUGGCCAGCUUCCUUCAGAUGGGCCACAUUGUGGAGCAGUGCACUCAAGCCCUGAGCAAGUUCAUCAAACCAACACGUCAUCUGGAGGUGAAUAUGAGACGAGAGAAGAAGGAGGACAGUUUCCCCUCCCAGGCCCAGAGAGAGCAGGAGGUCUCUCAGGUGCGGACCGUCCACCAGGAGGAGGAGGAUGAGGAGGAGGUGGUGGAGCAGGUUGAGGGUGAAAAUAAGGGUGACAAUGAUGAUGCUGAAGAUGAUGACGACGAUGACGACGACGACGAUGAUGAUGAUGAUGAUGUGAUUAUACAGCCUAAGAGUCCUGUCCAGAUUCUGGGCAGUCAUCCAAGGCCGGGUAUGGCAGAGAGUGACAUCACCAUAGUCAAGGUGGAGUCUGUAUCUGAUGUAGCAGAAAACUCUGUCACUGGUCACUUCUCCGCCAGCCCUCCUGCUGCGCUCCACUCCCCCGAGCCCCAGCACUCGCUCAUUAAUUCCACCGUGGACAGCCGCGGCAGUGAGAUGGCGGCUCCACCCGGCAUGACCAGAUACCCGUUCAGCCCCCCUCCUCUGUCUCCCCCCGUAGAGAAGCACAUCGGGUACCAGAGGAACUACGACAAACCUCUCCAGUGGUACCACCAGUGUCCCAAGUGCGCCCGGGUCUUCCGCCAGUUGGAGAACUACGCCAACCACCUCAAGAUGCACAAGCUGUUCAUGUGCCUUCUGUGUGGCAAGACGUUCACACAGAAGGGCAACCUGCACCGACACAUGCGGGUCCACGCCGGCAUCAAGCCCUUCCAGUGUAAAAUCUGCGGUAAGACCUUCACCCAAAAGUGCUCGUUGUUGGAUCACCUGAACCUGCACAGUGGGGAUAAACCCCACCGCUGCAACUACUGUGACAUGGUGUUCGCUCACAAGCCAGUUCUCCGCAAGCACCUCAAACAGAUCCACGGGAAAAACAGCUUUGACAAUGCAAAUGAACGCAACCUGCAUGAUGGGACGCUUGACUUUGAUUUUGGACGAAUAUGAAAUUUGUAAAAAAAAAAAAAAAAAACAACAACAACAACAACAAAAUUUUUAAGCAUAUUAUUUGUGUGAGCAGACAGCAGUUACAAUAUUAAAAUGGCCAGAUGAGCGAAGACUUCGGCUGCUUUCCCAAAGCGUCAGCCUGAAUGGUUUAACUGGAGGAUAUACACUAAGUGAAGUUUCCCUGGUCUUCACGUCACUGUAGCUUCAUUACUGUGGACUUUUUGUCUUUUUUGUACAAUACAGUGUAGAUGCCUUCAUAUCAUACUUGAAAAUUCAACACUGAAACACAAUGAUUGAACAUAGGUAGUUUUAUGAUGAAUUAACAUGUCUCUGUGUCCGCCGUGUCCAAUAAAAAAAACAUUGCAAAGUGUAAAAUACCCAUUUGUAUAUUGUGUAUACAAUCUGCUGUAGCCUUUCUUUCUUACCUGUGUUAAUAUGACAGCAUAGACAUGGACAGAAGUAAAAGAAACUUGAAUGAGUGUAGGUACAAAAAUAUUUUACAGAAGGCAAGCUAUGUCAUUUUGUCUUGGCGACAAAUGGAAUGCCAAAGUGUCUAUGUGAACUGCAAUGGUUCUUUUAUGUAGACUUACUAUCUGCGGUACUAUUGAACCAAAGUGACAUUAUAUUUGUCCUGUGUUCAUUUAAGUCAGUAUGUGUUAUGAGAUUAAAAAAAAUUACCCUCAA